AUUUAAAAUUUAUAAUUCAGAAAAGUACUUGCUAAUACGCAAAUUAUGUGCAAUGCCCAUAAAUUAGGUCAUUGUUAGUACAUAUUGCAAGCAUCAGAAUUGCAUAUAACAAUUCUUUAAAAAAAAAAACAACAAAAAAAACAGUAGGUAGUCAUUGGUUAUUAUUCGGUUUACUGCAAGUUUUUCGAUCUACGAAACUACAAUUAUGAAUGUUGUGAACGAUCUUGUAAAAAUUAUGAAUCAAAUUCGCGGCAAAGAGAAUAUCUUCGGGUACAAGUCGACCAUAGCAAAUCAAUUCUAUUUGGCCUACUGCUUCAUGGGAGGAAUCUACGAUAGCACAAAGUUUCACCGGCAUACCAAAAUUGUUUGGUUUUCAUGGACGCUUUCUAUGGUUUUAAUGUGUUCUUUUCAAAUGGUAUCCUAUUUUUUGUUCAGUGAUGAGAAAGAUAUUGUGGCUCUGUUGUACUUUGUAUUUGUAUUCAUAGCUCCUUGUUUCUUAUGUGUUGUACUACCUUAUAUCUCGGUGUUUUACUUUGGCAAAAACUUACACGAUGUGAUCCAAAUAGCGGAUUAUAUUAUUAUAAAACAUAAUAUCCACAAAAAGAGCACGGAAUCAUUGAGAAAACUGCUUCUGUAUCUUAUUCUGUACCAUUGUUCAACUCUUUCGAUAUAUUAUUCGAGUUGUUUUCUGAGUAUAAUAUUGUUUUAUGAAGAAGAAAAGGUUAAAAACUACAACUAUUACUUCAUCUAUGCACCAAAACUUGACCAAUACGGUUCUUUGCAAUAUUUCUUAAUUUAUAACGGUAUGUCAGCUUUAAUUUCUUUAGUGGUAGUCAUUACGUAUCCCAUGAUAUCAUUUAUGCUUGUAUUCUGCACGGUUGUAUUUCAAGAUGGAAUACAACAAAUUAUAAUCGACUUGAACUCACUGGAUUCAAAUAAUGAUAUGACUGUUGAAACUUACAAAAUCGUUGAACCAAAAUUCAAAUGCACCAUCAAAAAAUGUGUACGUGAUUUUCAAGUUGCUUGCAAAAUGAUCCAAUGUUUCAGAGGUUUUUAUGAAACAUUAGCAGCAAUUAUAUUACCAAUUGUGCUAUUAUUUGAGAUCACGCAUGCCUUCAUCUUUGUAUUGCCGGGUAUCUCAACAGCAGUCAGACUCAGAGAAAUAACUAUAUUUCUUCCAACUAUCCAACCUGUAUUCGUGUUAUGUUGGGCAGGAGAAAUUCUGGAAGAAUCAGUACAGGCGCUAUCUUUUGCUGUGUACUCUACUCCAUGGUAUUGGUCGACAUCGUUGCGCAAAGAUGUUUAUGUAUUUCUGUGCCAAACUCAAAGACCAAUGACUGUAACAGCGUUAGGAGCGUAUCCGCUUUGCUUGGCAACGUUUUUACGUUUUAUGAAUAUGAUACAGUCAUCUGUCAACGUUUUACGAACGAUUAUCUCAAAAUGAAACAAUUCAUCGAAGGAAGUACCUCAACGUUAGUCGCCGAUCUGUUCGAGGGGUUGCCUAAGAUUUAUAUCCUUAAGGGGUAACACUUGCGCUGUAAAAAUCCAACCACAAUUUGAAGUCUUCUUUCAUAGCAUCAAGGCGAUUAACCAGUGGAAGGGGAUAUUCGCCAUUUCUAAAUCACAUGAAGAAAGCAACUAAUUGGACUCUGAAGAAUGCUCACUUGACUUUUAGAUCAUCAAUGAUGACAAAAUGAAAAUGCACUUUGACGAGGGAGUAACUACGUACCAUAAGUAAUUAAAAGCAUUCUCAUUGCCAGUUGUUAUGUCGCAUAUCGCAAAAGACAAAUAAUACUUAUUGAACGAAGCAAUAAUUCUUUUCACAUUAAUAUACACGGAAAUUUCAAUAUAAAUAUUUACAACAAAUUGCAGGCUAUGGCUAAUCAUAAAGUGAGGUAUGAUGAAAAGCUAAGAUCACGUAUUCGUGCUAGCGCACUCUAUUUAUGUAUAUUUACAUUGUAAAGGUUACUAUAGAUUUUAUCAAUAUGUAAGAAAAUAAUUGAGUAGAUAUGUUCAAUGUAAAGACCUCCAAUUAUGUACUCUUUAAUAUCAGACGUUAUUCGUACCUACCUACUCUAAAUUAUUAACUAGACACAUAAGUUCUUACUUUGAAUAGAGUGCACUUACCUAAUCUACUAAAUUUAAAUAUUUGAUGUUUUUUUUCUUCGAAUUUGAAAUUUAUAAUCUGAAAAUAUACUUCGCUCAUAAAUUAGGUCAUUGUUGGCAUCGCAAGCACCAGAAUUGCAUAUAACAAUUCCUAAAAACCAGUAGUUAUUCAAUCGGUUUACCAGAAGUUUUUUGAUCUACGUAAUUAAAAUUAUGAACGUGGUGAACGAUCUUGUAAAAAUUAUGAAUCAAAUUCGCGGCAAAGAGAAUAUCUUCGGGUACAAGUCGACCAUAGCAAAUCAAUUCUAUUUGGCCUACUGCUUCAUGGGAGGAAUCUACAUUAGCAAGGAGUUUCACCGACAUACCAAAAUUUUUUGGUUUUCAUGGACGCUUUCUAUGGUUUUACUGUGUCUUUUUCAAUUGGUAUCCUAUCUUUUGUUCAGUGAUGAGAAAGAUAUUGUGACUCUGUUGUACACUGUGUUUGUAUUCAUGGCUCCUUUUUUCGCUUGUAUUGUAGUACCUUACAUCUCGGUGUUUCGCUUUGGCAAAAACUUACACGAUGUGAUCCAAAUAGCCGAUUAUGUUAUUAUUAAUCAUAAUAUCCACAAAAAGAGCACGGAAUUAUUGAAAAAACUGCUUCUGUAUAUUAUUUUGUAUGAGUGUUUAACUGCUUCCAUUUUUUAUUCGAGUUGUGCUCUGAGUGUAAUAUUUUUUUAUGAAGAAGAAAAGGUUAAGAACUACAACUAUUACUUUAUCUAUGCACCAAAACUUGACCAAUAUGGAUCUCCGCAACUUUUCGUAAUUUAUAAUACCAUAGCAGCUUUAUGUUCUUUAUCGGUAGUAAUUACGUAUCCCAUGAUAUCAUUUCUGCUUGUAUUUUGCACGGUGGUAUUUCAAAACGGAAUACAACAAAUUAUAAUUGACUUGAACUCACUGGAUUCAAAUAAUGAUAUGACCCUCGAAACUUACAAAAUCGUUGAACAAAAAUUCAAAAGAACCAUCAUAACCAUCAUAAAAUGUGUACGUGAUUUUCAAGUUGCUUGCAAAAUGAUCGAAUGUUUCAGAGGUUUUUAUGAAACAUUAGCUGCAAUUAUAUUACCAACUGUGCUCUUCUUUGAGAUCACUCAUGCCUUCAUCUUUGUAUUGCCAGGUAUCUCAACAGCAGUCAGACUAAGAGAAAUAUCUAUAUUUCUUCCAACUAUUCAACCUGUAUUCCUGUUAUGUUGGACAGGAGAAAUUCUGGAAGAAUCGGUACAGGCGCUAUCUUUCGCUGUGUACUCUACUCCAUGGUAUUGGUCGACAUCGUUGCGCAAAGAUGUUUACAUAUUUCUGUGCCAAACGCAAAGACCAAUGACUGUAACCGCGCUAGGAGCAUAUCCGCUUUGCUUGGCAACAUUUUUACGUUUUACGAAUGUGAUACAGUCAUCUGUCAACGUUUUACGAACGAUUGCCUCAAAAUGAAACAAUACAUCGAGGGAAGUACCUCAACUAUUAGUCGCCAAUCUGUUCUAGCGGUUGCGUACAUCCGUAUUUGGCUGGUUUGUCAUAAGCCUGGUCCGGAAAUUGAAAGUGCUACGGUGUAGGUAGGUGCACAUUUUGGAAGAACCCAGUUUUGUCCAUGGUUUCAGGUCCAAAUUUUCAAGAAAAACAAAAAAGGUUUCUCUCACAAAAUAGCCUAUCUCUGAAACUGAAGGCUCUACAUGCAAAUCAAUUUUCAAAGAUUCCCAAGAUUUUUACAAACUAAGUAUGUAGAUACUGUUUCCAGCUUUUUCUAUUUCAAAGUUGUACAAUCACGAAAUGAUAUUUUUUGCUCAUCUUGAAUUGUUACACAGGUAUUUACCUUAAAAUUGACAGAAAUUCAACUUUUGAAAAUUUUUGAGAGAAUAACCACAAAAAAUUUAUUCUAUUCACAAAAUAUAGUUGCCCGUUUUGCCUUCAGUUUUAAAGAUAAGCAAUUUUGUCGAAGAAUCUUUUUUGUUCGUCUCAAAAAAUUAUACCAGAAUCCUAUGGUCAAGAAUUGGAUUUUCGAAAAUCCAUACUUAGUCGCGGAGCCCGCAUUAGGAUCUAUUGCCCCCCCCCCCCAAGAUCAGGAAAAAAUCUAUCACCUGUCAAAAUUUCGAUUACCAAAGUGCUUUUUUCGAUUCUUGGUGAAUUUUUGAAAAUCAAAAGGCCAAAAAUGAGGGAAAAAGUCAACAUUUUACCAAAUUGACCAAGAAAGCUAAAAUUUGGUAUAUACCCUAUGUUUGACACGCCAAAUCGAUUGGAAACUGUUUCCAACCAUUUUGAGCAAUUCUGGAGCCUCUAGCAGAUUUUUGAAAAUCGAAAUUCCCACAAAAUUUCAUCAAAUGGAGUUGGAAAGCCGAAAUUCAUUCUGCAAACUAAUGUCAAUACACUAUGAAGUCAACUGCGGGUGGAUUUCAAGUCGCUUUUGAGCAUCCAACGACUUUUUAAAAAUUACAACUCCAUUUGAUGAAAUCUGUGGGAAUUUCAAGUUUUAAAAAUCAUCUGGAGGCUCCAGAACUGCUCAAAACGGUUGGAAACAGUUUCCAAUCGAUUUGGCGUAUCAAAAAUAGGGUACAUCCCAAAUUUUAGCUUUCUUGGUCAAUUUGGUAAAAUUUUGAUUUUUUCCCUUAUUUUUGGCUUAAAGAUUUUCAGAAAUUCACCAAAAAUCGAAAAAAGCACUUUAGCACUUGAAAUUUUUACAAGUGAUAAAUUUUUGUCUGAUCUUUCGAUCUACCUUUGAACGGUUUGAAGAAUUUCGUACAAGUAUUAUGUUGGAACAGAAAAUUUGCGAUUUCGGCUGACCUGUCAAUCAAAACGGCCGCCAUUUUGUUAGUAGGGCCACCUUUUUUUUUUAGGACAAGGGCUAGCAAUGUUCCUUAGGACUCCUCCAUUAAGAAAAAAUAUGUCCUGGAGGAUCGACCGGGGGGGGGGUGCAAUAGAUCAUUAUGCGAUCCGACUAACUCCCCUGCCCCUUCAAUUUCCACAUUAGAUUCAUGUCAGAAAACCCGAAUGUCUACUGCAAAAUGCUUUUCCAUGUGCAUAUAAUAGGUUUAGGUACGUAGGCAAAUUUUUGUGCUGAUCGACGACUAGUUGAGGUACUUCCUCGUAAUGAUCAGUUGGAGCAAGUACAUUAAUUGGGAAUUUCUAUUUUUAAAAAUGACAUGCUAUUUUGAAACUUUUUUAACGACACCUCUGUUAAAAUGAAAACUUUAGGGCUGAAAUAUUUAUUGUGUAUCAACAAAUAUAUCUUGUAUACCUAUCUAAGAUCAUAA